AGGCCGAGCAGGCGCGGCGAGCGCGAGCCGCGCACCCGGGGCCGCCGCGCCGUCUCGCCGCCGGCCGGAGUCCAUGUUGGGGAAGUUGGCGGCGGCGUGACGCGGAGCCCGCAGCGCCCGGCCGCGGCCUGAGGAAAUACCCUUUUGAAGAGAAAUGAAGAAGAAAACUAUGUAUACCAUAAAUUUGGGAGAUCAGGAGUAUGAAGAUAUGGAAGACAAAGAAAACAAAGAUAACACUACUACGACUGGUUUUUUGUACAAUGAAGCCGACAGAUGUCCAAUAUGUCUUAAUUGCCUGUUAGAGAAGGAAGUUGGUUUUCCAGAAAGCUGUAAUCAUGUCUUCUGCAUGCCUUGUAUUCUUAAAUGGGCAGAGACCCUGGCCUCAUGUCCUAUUGAUCGAAAACCUUUUCAAGCAGUAUUUAAAUUCAAUGCAUUGGAAGGUUGCGUUAAGGUUCAAGUAAAAAAACAGUUGAGAGAAACAAAAGACAAGAAAAAUGAAAACUCUUUUAAGAAACAGCUUUCCUGUCCUGAAAAUUCUAGAAGCUGUAUGAGGAAAAAAGUCCUAAGAAUGGAUUUACUAAGUGCAAGAUUUUAUGACUUGAAGAUGAUACAUAGAAAGUUCAAAUGCAGUGAAAUUGGAAGAAAGAAAAGUAAAACGAUAAAUAAGCCUCAGAGAUCAAAUCAUUGUACAAGUCAGUGCUUCCAAAAUUUUUUCUCCAGUAUGUUUUCUUCUGAUAAUGCUGGGGAAUCUUCUUUUACCCAAAGAAUGUACUGUACAGAAUAUUUAGAAGUCAGUGAAAUCAGUGCAUUGGUAAGACAGAAGAGACGGGAACUGGAGUUGUCAUGGUUUCCUGAUACAGUACCUGGAAUUGGAAGAAUCAAUCUUUUACCCUGGGAUAUUGAAACUGAAGUCCUUCCUCUCAUCUCUACUGUAUUACCAAGAACUAUUUUUCCAACAAAUACUAUAUCUUUAGAAAAUUUUGAUACAUCUUGUAAAGAGCACGCAUUAGCACAUACUCAAGAAGGAGAAGAAAAGAAACAAACUUCUGGUACAUCAAACACCAGGGGAUCAAGACGAAAGCCUGCAGCAACCCCUACAAGAAGAUCUACACGUAACAUGAGAGCCGAAGCAGUCAGUCAGUCUCAAGAAUCUUCAGUAGCAAAUAACUCUGGGUGUGAUGCUCCAGAUAGUAAUAAUCCAUCUGUAAGUGAACCUUCUUCAGCUGAGUCAGAGAAACAAACAAGACAGGCUCCAAAGCGGAAAUCUGUCAGAAGAGCAAGAAAACCACCUUUACUGAAAAAGAAACUUAGGAGUACUGUACUUCCCCCUGACAAAUCUUCUGGUGAUUCAGUAGAUGAAGAAACAGCAGAAUCUGAUAUCCCACCUGUGUUAGUGAAAGAGCAUCAAUCAGAUGUAGAAAGUAAAGACCCUUGUACUAUACAGGCAGAUGUGGAAAAUGAGUCUGCUAAUGAAUUGGACAAUUGCAGUCAGCAAAUAGAAGAAAGUGAGAGACAAACAGAGACUCAUGAUACACAGGAAGAAGUGGAAUUUUCAUUUCCUAAAUUUUCUACCCAGGAUAAUCCUGUGCUAGUUGAAGAGGACAAAAUACAAAAUGUUAAGGCUAUAGCUGUAGAGAGUAGUGCUUUAUGUUCAGAAAGUGAGAGCCCUAAGAGUGCAUCUGAAAAAGUAGGUGAUUCAUUGGAAAAUCAAGAACAAGUAACAGAACAGUCAGAAUCCGAGGUAAUAGCAGACACAGGUACAGAUCAUCCUUCAAAGGAGUCUCUUACUCAUUUAGAACUUGAAACUGAAGUGCACCCACAUGUUCCAAGCCUAAAUGAUUUACCUGAGGAUAAAGAAUCAAUGGUUAAUGAAGAAGAGGUUAUAGGGAGGCCGAUAGUAGAACUUACGGAUCAUAAAGAUUCUACAGUAAAAACAGAAGAGUUUGUAGACAGCCCCAAAUUAGAAUCAUCUGAGGAUGGAAUUAUACAAACAGAGGACACAAAAUCUGUUGAGAGCCCAAAGGUUCAGUUGCUUGGACAUGUUGAAACUGAAGAUGUAGAAACAGUUACAAUGUGUGAUACUUCAGGGGAUGAAAAUGUCAACAUUAUUCAAGACUCUGAAAAUAAUUUAUUGAAAAAUGAUCUUAAUACUGAAUCAGACAAACCUGUAGAGGACAAUACUGAAUCUUUGGUUGAACAUCUUAAGUCUUCAGAAUUGCCUAACACACAGACUGAACAGAUCCAGAAGCAUUCUAGUGAAGAUAAUAAUGAAAUGAUACCUAUGGAAUGUGAUUCACUUUGCAGUGACCACAAUGAAUCUGGAAUUGAACAGUCUGUCAAUGCUGAUGCUAAGCAAUUGAAUGAAAAUUCUGUGGAGCACGGUUCUGAAAAUAAUGCACAGUUUUCUGAUUCUGCAAGUGAAAAAGUUGUGUCACAACCAUCUGAAUGCUCAGUAGAUAAAGCAAAAAAACCUCGUACUCGAAAAUCUAGAUUUCAUUCUCCAUCUACUACUUGGUCUCCCAACAAUGACAGGACACAAGAACGAAAACGUUCUCAGUCUCCAUCUCCCAAAAGAGAAACUGGAAGAGAAAACAGGAAGUCUAAGUCACCAUCUCCCAAGAAAGAAUCUGCUAGAGGACGGAAAAAAUCCCGUUCCCAGUCCCCCAAAAAGGAUGUUACAAGAGAAAGGAAGCCAUCUCAGACUCGAUCUCCAAAAAGAGAGAGAAUGAGGGAAGGCAAAAGAUCAGAGUCUCUUUCCCCGAAAAGAGACAGUUCCAGAGAGAAUAGGAGAUCUCAAUCAAGAGUGAAAGAUUCCUCCCCUAGAGAAAAAUCCAGGUCCCGGAGCAGAGAAAGAGAAAGUGAUAGAGAUGGACAGAGGAGAGAUCGGGACAGAGAACGGAGAAGUAGACGGUGGUCUCGGUCCAGAUCUCGUUCUAGGUCACCAUCAAGAUCUAGAACAAAAAAUAAGAGUUCAUUGUUUGGUAGAAAUGACAGAGACAAUUAUUCUCGAUGGAAGGAAAGGUGGGCAGAUGAUGGUUGGAGGUGCCCACGAGGAAAUGAUCGAUACAGAAAGAAUGACCCAGAGAAACAGAAUGAAAAUACAAGAAAAGAAAAAAGUGACAUCAGUCCAGAUGCUGAUGAUCCAAAUUCUGCUGAUAAAUAUAGAAAUAACUGUCCUAGUUGGGUAACAGAAAAAAUAAAUUCUGGGCCUGAUCCAAGAACUCGAAAUCCAGAAAAGUUAAAAGAGUCUCAUUGGGAAGAAAAUAGAAAUGAAAAUUCAGGUAAUUCUUGGAAUAAAAAUUUCAGUUCGAGCUGGAUGCCUACCCGUGGCAGAGGCAGCCGUGGCAGAGGCUCUUAUAGAGGAGGUUUUGCCUAUUCAGAUCAGAAUGAAAAUCGGUGGCAGAAUCGGAAACCCCUCUCAGGGAAUUCAAAUAGUUCAGGGAAUGAGUCCUUCAAGUUUGUGGAACAGCAACCUUAUAAACGGAAAAGUGAACAAGAGUUUUCAUUUGAUACACCAGCAGAUAGAUCAGGGUGGACAUCUGCAUCUAGUUGGGCUGUAAGAAAAACUCUGCCAGCAGAUGUACAAAACUAUUAUUCACGACGAGGCAGGAAUUCUUCAGGUCCGCAGUCUGGGUGGAUGAGACAAGAAGAGGAAACAACUGAACAGGAUUCUAACGUAAAAGACCAAACAAAUCAACAAAAUGAUGGUUCUCAGCUUCCUAUAAAUAUGAUGCAACCACAAAUGAAUGUAAUGCAGCAACAAAUGAAUGCACAACACCAGCCUAUGAAUAUCUUCCCUUAUCCAGUGGGCGUUCAUGCUCCUUUGAUGAACAUUCAGCGUCAUCCAUAUAACAUUCAUCCUCAGAUGCCCUUGCAUCUGCACCCAGGGGUGCCUCUGAUGCAGGUAGCUCCUCCAACCAAUAUAUCUCAGGGACUGCCACCACCACCACCCCCUCCCCCACCAUCCCAACAAGUUAACUACAUCGCUUCACAGCCAGAUGGAAAGCAAUUGCAGGGUAUUUCUAGUGCUUCUCAUGUAAGUAAUAACAUGAGUACACCAGUCUUACCUGCUCCAGCAGCAGCCCCAGGAAAUACGGGAACAGUUCAGGGACCAAGUUCUGGUAAUACUUCGUCAUCAAGUCACAGCAAAGCCUCUAAUGCUGCUAUAAAAUUGGCAGAAAGCAAAGUAAGUGUUACAGUGGAAGCCAGCGCAGAUAGCUCGAAGACAGACAAGAAAUUGCAGAUUCAAGAAAAAGCAGCACAGGAGGUAAAAUUGGCCAUUAAGCCAUUUUACCAAAAUAAAGAUAUCACCAAGGAAGAAUAUAAAGAGAUUGUUCGGAAAGCAGUAGAUAAAGUAUGUCACAGUAAGAGUGGCGAAGUCAAUUCAACUAAAGUGGCAAAUCUGGUUAAAGCCUACGUUGACAAAUACAAAUAUUCACGAAAGGGAAGCCAAAAGAAAACUCUGGAGGAAACUGUAUCUACUGAAAAAAACAUAGGUUGAAACGGGGAACGUUGUAAAGGACACUGUCACCAUAUCUGCAAAGUGCAAUUUCAACAUGUAUCUUUAACUGAAAAUCAUACAUAACUGUGAUUGAAAUUUGGUUUUGAUAAAAUUAUUUUUUUUAAUGUAGGAUAUACUGUUUUGUUCUAAAUAAAUGUAGUUCUGCACUGCAACUUCUAUGUUCUUUCCUCCCCCUCUCAAAAUUGAAACAAAUUUAAGAGAAAGUAAAGGGGUUAAAGGAAUGUGCAGUUUUACUAGGACUGUUAUAGUAUGGAAGAUGUACAGCUUUUUAAUUUGAACAGUGGAGUGCAUAAACUAGUAACUUCAAAGUGCACUUGUUUUGGAAGAGAUUUAUAUAUAUAUAUAUAAAAAUACAUUUAUUCUGUCAGGCUAAAAAUGAAGUAUGAUCUUUAUGAAUUUCUUCUCUCAUUAUAGAAAGUUAAAUAAUGUAUUAUCAUGAAAAAUAUUUCUAAUAACAGAAGACAUCAAUUGCAGAUUUCCUAAUGUGUAUUUUUUAAGCACACAUCUGAAUAAAUUGCUUAGAUUGAAAACUAUCAUGAGUAAAAUCAACAUUUUGGGACACUCUUCACCUAUUGUAUCACCAAAUAAAGACUAUGCUGCUUGUUUUUCCUUUGUGCCUUCCUGCCAGGCCCACCUCCACUCCUCACCCCUGCAGGAGAUUAAGCAGUUUGAUUUGCUAAAUUUGUAACUUUGAUUGUCUAAGGUCUGUUGAACUUAGAAAAGCAGUUUGGAAAAAAGUAUCAGCUUAGUAGAAAUUAUGUUCCUUCUCUUUAUCUUCUAUCAGAAAUGAUAAAUUAUCUGUGCCAACAAGAUCAUCGCUGUUAAGUAGUAACCCCUGCCUUCCAUUCAACUGUAAUAGAAUUAGGAGACUCACUAAAGUGGCUUUCAGGUUGUUGCUCAUCGAUCUAAUCACUAAUUUAAUUUCUUUCACUGUUGAGAAAUCUCCAAAUGCUUUAUAAUAAGCAAAUGUUAAUUUGGUAGCCAUGGUAGCCAGUAGUCAUGUUGCAAAAUUAAGCAAUAAAAUCUGUUUGGGAAAGGGAGAGGAAUUAAAUGAUGACAUUUGGGUUAGGAUUUUAGGUACUAGGGAUUUGGUGGGUUUUUGUUCUGUUUUUAAGUAUUAUUAGAGUUUUGUUAAAGGUAAGUUAAAAAUUUGUGUGGCACCAUUAUUUUAAUUGGCAUCUUGGAAGAAAAACUAUGAGUUAUUUCCAUGGUAGAUUGUCAUUCAUUUCAGUCGUAAUUUUUAAUAUGUACCCUAUAACUAGAGCUUUUCAGAUCAUAAGUUAAUGAUUCAGUGAUAUAUAUGCCUCAGUAAGAUUCCCUGUCCCUUUUACUAACCAACCAGAGCAACUAACCAGUCAGAGCAAUACUACUCCAUAGGAUUUUGACUUUUUAAGUAAGUUAUGUUUCUCAUUUUUAUGUGCAUAAUACAUUGGUGCUAGCUUUGGUAGACAAAAAUAUUCUGAAAUGUUGACCUCCCCUAAUAAUGAUUAUGUUUAUAAUCUUUAUUAGAUUAUGAGUAUUACCCCAAAGUGUAUUAAAACUAUUUACAAGCAGCUUUUGAUCUUUAUUAAACAUCAUUUCUGGGCAUUUGUAUUAUGAUAUUCUACUGAUUUAUAUAUAUUUUUAAUUAAAGUUUGUGUUAGAUUAUGGUGGAGAAAGAAAUUUGGAAGUAUAUUUCUUCUAACAAAUACCAGUUUGUUUUAGUUUUGAACUGUAGAACAGUAUGAACCUGUCAUUUAUUUUGAGUUAAAGGUGGUUCACACUCUGAAAUUUUGUAGCAAAUUACUGUGCCUAUGCUUACCUAGUACAACUUUUAGUGAUGUUUGGGAGUUGGGGGACAUUUUUAAUAUUUGCUUUAUACUAUGCUUUUACAAAAACAUUUAAAGUUUGGGGGGAGGGAAGCCUGGUGGUGUGGUUAAGAGUUAAAAUUUUACAACUUUGGUAGCAAUGCCGUGAGUUAUUUCUGGCUGGAGUCUGGUUAGGUUGCAUCUAAAAAUAGCUAAUUAAGAAUGUUUUGGGAUUAGAAUCAAGCUUUUAAAACUUAAAGAUAUUUAAGAAUAUAUUAGAAAGUGCAUGCUUUAUGUUAAAAAUGCAUUGCUUUAACAUUUCCCAUUCAUGUUUUUUUUUAAAAAUUUACAUUUAUUUUGCAUGUGUUCAAAUUUAAAGACAUUUUGUGGGGUUACAGAUUACCUUUGUUAUUUAUGAAGAUUCAGUGUUAAAUUGACCUGAUACCUUGAUCCCUUUAACUUACUAGUCACAUUGACCAUGUUCUAGGCUAUAGUGAUACCUAGAAUUUUGAGCUGUGUGUAGUUAUAUUAACAUUCCAAAAGCUUUUGUGAUUUUUUUUCCCUUCUCGUAAUUACCACACUUUCUUCAUUGUUCUCCUUUAAAUGGCCACAGUGUGUACUGCUUGAAUGUUCCAUCUGAAAGAUGUAGCUUCAGAAAGCACAGUGGUUUUCCCAUGGUCCAUGACACAUUGUAGUAUGAGGUUGGAGUGCUGUCUACUGAAAAAAUAUUCUUAAACAGAUGUAGUAUGUAAUAUUUUCUAAUAAAUGCUUUUGAUAAACAAA